AUGAUAAAUGAUUCGCAAGUUUUAGAGGCAGCAAAACGAUGUUAUUCUGGAUCAAAAGAUAACUAUCAAUCGCGAUACUGUGAUACAGGUGUUAAUACCAAAUAUGUAUGCCAGAAAUUCUAUUUGAGAAUUUUUUUUACCAAGGUCAGCUUUAUCAAGCAUCCUAAAACACCUGGCUCCAUUGAAACCCACGGAUAUACACAAGGCUCACUAGCACUAAAUGAAAUGUGA